AUGUGUGAACAAACAAAGCGUUAUUUUUCUCCACGUCUUGUUGAUUAUGUGAUUAUAGUUGGUUGUCGACAUCCAAAUAAAUAUAAUCAUGUAACACAAACACCAGAAUUACUUCGUCGUUAUCCAUUAGAAGAUCAUAAAGAUUUUUCAUUACCACCUGAUGUUAUAUUUUUUUGUCAACCUGAAGGUUGUAUAAAUACAGGUCAUCAACGUACAGGAUUUCGUCAAUUAACAUCAUUUGUAUUUACAUUAACUGAAAAAGAUUCUAAUCGACAACGUUUUGGUAUAUGUGUAAAUUUUUAUCGACAUUUUUCACGACGUACAUGUUCAAUACAUAAUCAUAAUGAAGAAAAAUUUGAACAAACUGAUUCAUCCGAUGAUACAACUCAUACAACAUCAAUAAAUGAACAAACAACUAAUAAUGAUGAAAUAAAUAAUAAAGAACAUAAACGUAAACGACGUUUAAGAAAUAAUACAUUAACAUCUAUUUGUCUUAUAAGUCAUCAUCCAUUUUUUACACGUUUUCGUGAAUGUCUUGUUACAUUAAAAACUAUAAUUGAUGCUUGUAAUGAACGAUCAAGUGCAAAACGUACUGGUGCAUCAAAAGGAAUAUCUAGAGAAACAGUUUGGGGUGUAUUAACAGGUCAAGCAUGUGAAUGUACAUCGAAUUUAGUAGGUCAUGAAGUACGAGAAAUUGAAACAUGGAUAUUACGAUUAUUAAGUGCACCAGUUUCUAUACCAGGAAAAACAAAAAUUUUGAUUGAAACAUUACCAAAUGAACCACCGAUGUUAUUUGCUUUACCUGAUCAUACAAGAUUUUCACUUGUAGAUUUUCCUCUUCAUCUACCACUUGAAUUACUUGGUGUAGAUUUAUGUAUACGAGUUUUAACAUUAAUCAUGUUAGAAAAUAAGGUUGUAUUUCAAUCUCGUGAUUAUAAUGCAUUGACAAUGAGUGUUUUGGCAUUUGUUGCAUUACUUUAUCCACUUGAAUAUAUGUUUCCUGUUAUACCAUUAUUACCAACAUGUAUGACUGGUGCCGAACAACUUCUACUUAUUCCAACACCAUUUAUUAUUGGUGUACCAGCAAGUUUUUUUCCUUAUAAAGGAAUGCCAAUAAAAAAACUUGAUGAUACAUGGAUUGUUGAUCUUGAUGCAAAUCAAAUUAUACAACCGCGACAAGCGGAACCAUUUUUUGACAUUCCAGAAUUUGAAUAUAAUAUUUUAAGUAAUCAUUUAAAACAAGCCUUAAGUAGUAUGUCAAUAGAUCCUGAACCAAUUCAAAGUUUUGAUGCUAUGCUCAAUGAUAAAUCAUAUUUAAUGACAACACAUAAUUCCAUUCCAUUACCAUCAACAGCAUAUAAUCCAUUUAUAUAUGGUAAUGAUGUUGAUUCAGUUGAUAUAGCUACACGUGUUGCUAUGGUUCGAUUUUUUAAUUCACCAAAUAUACUUGGCAAUUUUAAUGAACAUACACGUACAUUACGAUUACAUCCACGAGCUGUUGUAGCUUUUCAAUAUAGUAGUUUUAUUAGAUCACGACCAGUUAAAUCAGCAUUUAUUAUUCGUUUAGCAAAAACACAAGCUGUAGAAUUUUUUGCUGAAUGGUCACUUUGUCCAGAUAAUGUAGCAUUUUUACGUGUACAAACAGGUGUUUAUGAUCCAGCACUUAUUGGAGAUAAACCAAAAUGGUAUAGUCGAAAUUUAACAUUAAUACCAUUUAAAGUCAUCGAAGAAAAUAGUACACUUAGUCAGGCAGUUACUUCAUUUAAUACUAAAGCACAUGAUAUUGAACAUUCAGCAACAGAUGAAAGUGGAAGUGAUUCUGAAGAAGAUACUUCAAGUUCUGAUUAUACAUCAUUAAGUGAUUUUGUAUCGGAAAUGAUUAAUAGUGAAAUAUGUGGAGAAAUUCGAGUUGUUAAAACUUAUCCAGAGAACCAAGAAAAAACAGCUUGUGUAGAAUAUUCAACUGUUUAUAGUCCACCAGAAUAUUUAGAAAUUCCUGAUAGUGGUUCAAAUAAAACUCCAAGUCCAAAUACAAGUGGAAAUGAAUCAAGUCAAUCAAUGAGUGAAUCAACAAUAAGUUCAAGUUCAAAUUCUCUUGUUAAUUCAAGAUUAAAUUCACCUUCAGAUGAUACAAAUGAUAUUAUACCGGAUCUAUCAAGUAGUAUACAUGAUAUGGAUUCAAAAUCCAGUUCAGCAACAAUUACACCAGUUACAAAAAGUUUUCCAAAACCACUUUUUGAUUCAAAAACAAUAAUGAAUGAAGAUAAUACAGGACAGAUUUCACCUCCAGAAAUUCGUCCAAAAAAUAUAUCAGCUCAAGGAAAUUCUAGUCAACGUGCUCGUACAACUGUGUCACGUACAGAUAGUCAUGAUUCAACAGCAAGUGCAUUAACAAUGAAAUCUGGACGUUUACAUCGAAAUGAUUCAGAAAAUACAACAUCUGUUAAUCAUUCAUUACUACAACAAGUUGGUGAUGAAAUUAAUUCAACCAUGGCAGGUCGAGUAGUUACAAAUAUGGCAAAAAUGGCAACAAAUAAAAUGUCUGAAUUACUCUCAUCAACAUCUGAAAAUCCUCGUCAAGGAAAUUCUCCAUUGAUUCGUGCUAAUCGUCCACCACCAUUUCCAUUUCCAAAACAAAAUCGUAAAAUAGAAAAACCAAGUCUAGUCAAACAUGGUACAACAAUAUCAAAUGCUUCUAUGAUAACACGACAACAAAAUGCUGAAGCAAAAGCUAAUACUCAUAGUGAAAAUCAACAAUUUUUAAAAGAUAUUGUUACAAAUGUUCUUGAUGGACAAGGUAUUGGUUGGUUAAAAAUAAAUCGUGUUAAAAAAUUAAUGGAAGAUGAAAAUUAUCGAAACUUUGUUCUUAGUCGUCUUAAUACAAAUCUUGAUAAAAAAUAUUCUGAUGAAGAUGAUCAUAUUGAAGAUGUUAAAGUUAAUCGUGCUGUUUUUAAAGGUAUGACAAAUAUUUUACGAGCUGUUAUACAAGGUCUUGAAAUAACAUUUGAAAAUAAUGGUCUUGGUGGUAUGGCAUCAACAUUUCAAUUACUUGAAAUAGCACAUACACAUUAUUGGAUAAAAGAUAAUAAAAAUGAUUUAAGUCCAAUGUCCGAACGAAAUAGUCCUCUUAGUGGUAGUCGAGAAAGUUUAUCAGCAAUUGAUUCAAAUAUUUCAUCGAAUCCAACAUCACUUUCAACGAUUAUUCCAACUCAACAGCAACAACAACAACAACAACAGCAGCAGCAGCAAAGCAAUGUAACAAAUCCAAAUACAGGACUUGUUGCACAAUUAGGAAGUUUAUGGCGUGAAUCAAAAUUAGCACUUGCACGUAGCUAUGCGACAGCUGCACAAGCAAGUAUGAAUUUUGGAGGAAAUGUUGAACUUCGCACUAAUCCAAAACAUUCAUUUUCACCGCAUGUACCGUUUUAUUCGACACUUACUGUUAGUUCAUCAUUAUCAUCGAAUAUAAAUUCAAAUAUUCGUCCUAUGAAUACAGAUCGAAUACAGGCAGCAGAAAAUCAUGUUCGACCUGAUUCAUUGAAUAUUACGAAUGACUCAACAUCGAAAACAAUUGCUAAUAAUUCACGUAUAAAUUCAAUAGUAACUGAUGAAGAAAGUGGAACAGAUUCAAGUUCAUCUAGUCGACGUCAAUCAAAAAUAAAUCAUCAUCAUAUACGUACAUCAAAUCAAUGGAAUGAUGAAAAAUUAAAAAUUCGACGAUUAUCAAAUGUAACAACAUCGAAAAGUUCUUUUUCUGCAGGAUAUAGAUUUCGUAAUGGAUCAGUUCUUCAAGUAGCAGAAAAUAAUUUAUCGACUUCUAAUGAUAAACAAUAUUUAUUUGAAGUUCUUAUUGGUAGUUCACGUAGUCAUUUAUGGGAUCAAAUGCAAGUAUGGGAAGAUGUUUUUCUUGAUGCUGUUGCACAAGAACGUGAUAUUAUUGGUCUUGAUCAAGGUCCAGCUGAAAUGAUGGAACGUUAUUAUUCAUUAUCAAAUGCUGAUCGUAAACGUUUAGAAUUAGAUGAAGAUCGUUUAUUAGCUGUUAUGCUUUAUAAUUUAAUUGCAUUUAUGAUAAUGAUGCGUGUUAGUAAAGAAGAAAUUCGUCGAAAAAUUCGUCGAAUACUAGGUCGUUGUCAUAUUGGUUUAACAAUGAGUCAACAAGUCAAUGAAUUACUUGAUAAUAUUUCAAAUUUAAAUGGUAAUGAUGUUGAUUUACGUCCAGUUGGUAGUCGAUUAUUACAAAAACAAAGUUUUACUGUACAUUGGGGAACAGAUAAUACAGGAGAUAUGCUUUUUAUGGAGGUUUGGGACGAUUGUAUUAUACUUCGAAGUGUACUUGGUGAAGUUUAUGAUCGUUGUUGGUUUGAAAAAUUAGUUAAUAUGACAUUUUGUCCAAAAACGAAAGUACUUUGUUUAUGGCGUAAAGCUGAUGGUGAAACACAACUUAAUAAAUUUUAUACAAAACGAUGCCGUGAUUUAUAUUUUUCAAUAAAAGAAGCUAUGGAAAAAGCAGCAUCACGAAUGAAAGGUUCUUUACCUGGUCAAGAAUUAGGUGGUGAAUUUCCAAUAAGAGAUGUUAAUACAGGUGAAGGAGGAAUUUUACAAGUUUGUCUUGAAGGCAUUUGCUUAACAUUUGAAAAUGAUAAAGAAUUUAUUGAAUUACAAAAAAUUCGAAAAUGUACAACACAAAAAGGAGAUAUAUUUGUACUUGAAGAAUUUGAUCCAAAUACAAAACAAAUACUUAUUAGAAAAUAUAAAUCUCCAACGGCGAGUAGCGCCCUGCUUGCUUUUCAUCGUGUUGUAUCUAUUAUGGUUGAACGUCGAAAACUAACUUCUCCUAACCCUGUAUCCAAUGUCAAUAAUCAUCAUACACAGCAGGCUAUCGAUGGAUUAGGCUGA